AACAUGAUCAUAUUUAAUAGGAAAGAAUGCAAAAAUUAAAACGUGACAAGAAAUGAAAAUACAAGAGGAAGUAUGAACAGAGCGGGUUUAGUUUAGAUUUAUUUAACUACAGCUGUGAACAUGUCUAAUGAGACAGAGGAUAAAACUAAACAAAAUAAUGAACGUGAUAUGGGUAGCAAAGACUUUAUUGUACCCACUGAAUUUGGUGCCGGGUUGAUAACAACUAUAUGUCUGUCUGCACUUGUAAUGGUUAACCUUAUCUUUACUUUCUUCUUCUACCGCGCUUGGAAGAAAAGACAGGAAGUGCGUCGAAGACAAAGCACGAUUGAAAUGAACACCAAUAAUUCAUACAGUGCACUCGAGCGCAUGACUAGGCAUGUUUACUCCGACGUCCGGGAUUCACGUAUAAGCUUUCAGUCCGAUAGAUACGCAACAAUCCAAUCUGUAACGAAAGCAAAGGAAACGGAAAUUUCUAAAGAAAGUGUGCCACCGCUCAGAGCCAUUAAAAGAGACAGAUUGAAAACCCUAACGACACUAUUUUCAUUGCACUCGAAUGAUGUUAAUCGCACAGUUUCCAGAUUGAAAGCCAUUGAAACAGGUGUCCGAUGAGUUUCGAUGGUUAUUAUUAUACUUUAUAUGACUAAGCAUAUCCUGAAUAUAGUGAAUAAAAGACAUUUGUUGAGUGAUUUACAGUUUCUUUGACCGAUAUUUUGAUUUGGGAAUAGUGCAUUUGUAAUUUUUGUGCACGACUCUAUCAUCAAAUGAAAUAGGACAUAGGGUUAUUCUUAAAAUUUCAAUAUUUUUUAAAAGUAUAUUUUAAAACCUUAUUUUAGAAGACUUGUAAUCUUCAUUAUCUUGCUUGGGGUGAGGAUACAGGCAUUAAGCCUAAUAUUUCAAAUUACAUGAAUACUUGACGUCAAAUUUAUAUUCUUCAUAUUGUAUGGCUGAACAAGUAUCAGUUUUACUCAAUAUUUUUGUGAUCAAACGAGGAAAUUCAUGCCUUCAUUGUGAUGUUAGAUUUUUUUCAAGUGUCAGACAAUAAGUUAUUUAUAUAAAGUUGAUGUUUCACAGCUGGGACUACAUUUUCAAAAAACAAGAUAUAUUAAGAGGAAAAAGAUUUUCAAAGAAAAAUGCCAUGCUCUUCUAAGUUGACAGUACACAUAAUCUGAACGAAAAAUGUUAUCUGUCGUAUGAAAAUAAAAAAUAGGACCGCCAAAAAGAACACUGAUUUUAAAGUAAUCUAUGCUCUUUUGUACUUGACUUCACGAUCACAUUUAUCUAUCUCUUUUGAGCUGCAAUUAAGAUUGAUUGUACAUGUAUAUUGUUUAACGUCCCUCUCGAGAAUUUUUCACUCAUAUGGAGACGUGAUCUGCAAUUAAGAGUUAAAUGCAAUUAAGAGUUAAAUAUUGACACGCAGAAUAUUUUCUUUCUCUAUUUUGUAAGCAACAUAAGUAUCUUCUUAACUACUUUGACUGUCCUUUAUAAGCUGUCUGUAUAAAAACUUUCUUAAGAAGUGUCAAUUUUAUUCUUUUCUCAAAUAUUAAUAAUACAAAAUUUCAUGU